UCAGUACCCAGUAUGUCUUUGACUUCUACUACUACUUGUAAGACUCAUGGUCUUCUCCACAGGGUGAAAUGAACCUUUUUCAGCUCCAACUUGUUGUAAGUUUAUUUGUGUCUUCCACGUGUAAGAUGAAAACAAGCAGAAAGUCGAAAGAAUGUCAGAAAAGAUACAGCAGCCUGCGCUGGUGACGCCAACACUGGAAGACGUGCUGGACGGAAUUGCAGCAACGCAUCACCUCUCUGCCAAGCGCAAGCGGCAGCUAACCGCGAUAUUGAGAAAGAGAUUUGACGCUGAAGUGACUCAGUUUUCUCAUGGACGAAGUCGAAGUGGGAGUUGUGGAGAAAGCCGACAAAAUGGAAGUGGAAACGGAAAUGCAGGCUUUAUUUUCGCAUCCAAUGCCAGUUUAGAGUCGACGAGCAGUAUUUCUCAAGAGUUGGAGUCUCUUACCUCCGGAACUGUUGCGAGAGCUUUGGGUGAAGAAUUGCCUACUUUCCCAGCAACAUUACGCGGCGAUGAGUCUAAAAGUAUAGAGGUCAAGAAGCUCGUGCAGGCCUUGUGGCGUGAGUACCAUUUUGCGAAUGUUUAUGAGCAGAAUGGGGCUGAUGAUGGAUAUUACGGCGAAGAUAAUGAAGAUGAUCCUCGUGAUGUCGUUCCUGGUGGUAAACUGCUUUUUCCGAGCAGACAUUUGAAUCCGUUUGCGGAGCAUCAAGGUAGCAACUACGAGCAAAGUAACCAGUUGUUUCUUGUGCUGGAUUGGGAAGCCACAUGUUGGGAUAAGAAAAGCACGCCACACCAGCCGCACGCACGACAAGAAAUCAUAGAGUUUCCUGUCGUCCUAUUAUCAGGGAGUGGUUCCGAGCUCGGAGAAUUUCACCAGUUUGUCUAUCCUGAAGAAUCUGGUGGAAAACUAUCGGCCUUCUGCACGCAAUUGACUGGUAUAAGAGAAUCCCAAGUGCGCAAUGCUAAAACGUUGGAGUUCGUCUUGAAGGAUUUCCUCGCAUGGUUGGACAGAGCAGCCGAGAUACACCUUGGAGCCUUUAGAAGCAAAGGGAAGGUGGAAGCAUCACCAGAGAGGGAGGAGAGGCAAGGUAUCGUGGACCACGAUAAGCAACUACAAGACGACGACUCUGACGACGAGGUGGACUCCCCUUCCCCCUCAAAAAGAGCCCUCUUGAGUCGUGAUACGCAAAGUCUACAAGAGUGUAAAGAGUCUUCUAUAGAAGAAGCUACUUCUGCCGCACCAGCAUCUACAAAAGUGUGUAGCAGAAAUUUCCUCCUUGGCGGUGAAAAUCAUGUAAAUUUCCUCCUUGGCGGUGAAAAUUAUGUGACUCUUGUUUGUUGCGGGAGGUGGGAUGGACGACAACUAGCGGAGGAGGUAGAACGGAAGAGGCUGGAAGUUCCGAAAUGGCUUGUAGAUCCGAACAAUUGGCGCGAUGCACGCCGUCACGGAGCUAUUUUUUACAGAGGAAACCAUAAAAAGCCACUGCAGAAUCUUACUUUAUGAUUAGUACUACUAUACUAGGAGAAAUCUUAGGCAAUCUAUCGUUUAGAUAUAGAUUCGAAUCAUCAUCAGUACUACUUUACUAGGUUGUUGAACAUUCUAUCCCCUUUGUGCAGGCCAUAAACUUCAAUGAAUCUCAGUCAGUCACGGCAAGAACGAACGACGAAGAAAAUUUACAGUGUGUACACGCCGGGGGCACGUGGGCGGUAUAUCUUGACGACAUAAUCCUCAAAGGAGAAAGAGAAACAAUCGUUCUUCUUCUAAGCGUCGCCGUGGUAGAGGAAUCCGGAGAAAGAAUGACAGGAAGACUACAUAGUGGCAUAGCAGAUGCCAGAAAUCUUGCGAAGGCAGUCAGAAACAUGCUGCGUGGUGGCUACCAGUUUCGCGAAUACGGAUGAAGGACGCGCUCAUGAUGAGGAUGAAGCAGACGAAGAUGUGCUUUGUCUGCUUGGGUUUUUUUAUGCUGCAAGCGGGACGUACAGCUAGCACAACGGAAGUCCAGCUACCACGACGGAAUAGUCGCUUUAUGCUUCUGAAGAUGAAGGCGCGGAAGACGCGCUAGCUGGAAAGGCGGACGUCAUUGGAGCUCACGGGAAACUAGGAUAUGCCGCCAGCCAUUUUUGCAGGAUGGAAGUAUUGCAGAAUUAUGUAGUUCUAAGAGCCUCGGCCUAGAUAUUUUCUUUGGGUGUGACAAACCCAACUUCCUUGUCUGAAACUCAUCGUGAUUCGAAGCAGCUUUCUAGCAUGAAGACAAAUGAUAUGAAAACAACUCCAACUUGUAGAACGACUCGUC